CCUUUAUUAGUCCCCUACCGGUUUACCGGAGGGGACUUUAGGUUUACCCUCCGUCCGUCUGUCCGUCUGUCCGUCCGUCCGUCAGUCCGUCCGUCUGUCCGUCCGUCAGUCCGUCCGCUCCUAUGAGCAGAUAGUUCUGGGUUGCACAGCGAGUACGAAUAAGACUUGUGUGGAAAUUUGCUGCUUAUGGGGUGCAACCCACAAGUGGCCAUUAAAAAACACAAAAACGGCUUAUUUUCCCCACAAGUAGGGACAGUUUUACUUGCAACCCGCAAAUUACGGUUUUGUGGUCAAGGACAAUUUUUUCGGCCAAGAUUAUAAAUUAACUUCAUUUGAUAGAGCCCCAUUAACCAAUAAAAUAUCAUUUACCUUACGCAUGCGCAGAAAGCUAACGCAUGCGCAGAAACGCGAACUAGAUUUCGAUGGCGACAUCACGCGGUCACACAUCUAGAUAUUGAUAUCGGUAGCUUGGAUUCACAAGGCUUUGAUACCUGCAAGCCAAGGCCAUGAAAGAAACAGAAAGGUGUUUUAUGGAAGAUAUUGAAUAUGCUACUAAUGAAUCAGAUGAUGACUCUGUGGAAGAUAAAACAUGCUCAACAAAUCCUACUGAAAUAGAAAGUGAAUCAGAUGAUGACUCUGUGGAAGAUAAAACAUGCUUAACAAAUCCUACUGAAAAGGAAAGUGAAUCAGAUGAUGACUCUGUGGAAGAUAAAACAUGCUUAACAAAUCCUACUGAAAAGGAAAGUGAAUCAGAUGAUGACUCUGUGGAAGAUAAAACAUGCUCAACAAAUCCUACUGAAAAGGAAAGUGAAUCAGAUGAUGACUCUGUGGAAGAUAAAACAUGCUUAACAAAUCCUACUGAAAAGGAAAGUGAAUCAGAUGAUGACUCUGUGGAAGAUAAAACAUGCUUAACAAAUCCUACUGAAAAGGAAAGUGAAUCAGAUGAUGACUCUGUGGAAGAUAAAACAUGCUCAACAAAUCCUACUGAAAAGGAAAGUGAAUCAGAUGAUGACUCUGUGGAAGAAAAAGCAUGCUUAACAAAUCCUACUGAAAAGGAAAGUGAAUCAGAUGAUGACUCUGUGACAAAUAAACAGUUCUUACCUUAUCCUACAGAAGUGGAAAAUAAAUCAAAUGAUGACUCUGUGGAAGAUAAAACAUGCUUACCAAAUCUUACUGAACAGGAAAUUGAAUCAGAUGAUGACUCUGUGACAGAUAAAACUUUCUUACCUAAUCAUACAGAAGUGAAAAAUAAAUCAAAUGAUGACUCUGUGGCAGAUAAAACUGUUAAAGCUAUAGACUUGAAACUUAAUAGGAUGACAGAUCUCAUUAUGAAGAAGAGCAGUGCACAAGAACCGGUACUGUGUACCUUAUGAUUUUAGAGUUAUUGACCUUUGUUAAUUAUUAUACUUUAUUUUUGUUCAGUCAAUUCUGCUAUACAAUAAAACCUAUUAAAGCUACAUCAAUCCUGAUGUUACAUUGUUACAAUCAGUUCAAAUGCCACUUAAGUUAAGGUACAUGUACAUUGUAAGAGUGGUGUUUAUAAAUAACCUAUAUUUAAGAAGAAAAUGCCUUAGCGACUGCUAUAAUGUUCAUAAGGCGACACAUCCGAUUCACGUAGUUCUAGUUGUAAACACUAGAAACAGGAACAGAGAACACAAAGUUGAUUUAAAUUCAAAAAAGGAAAAACUAUUUUUUUUUAAUUUUCUUAUUAAAGAUUUGUUUAAAGCGACUAUCCAAUAUAUGGUAGUUUGGUUAUCUCUUUUAAAUACUAUAAAAUGUACCACAGUAUCAUUUUUCGUAUAUAUAAAACUAGAAUAUUGACUCAGAAGUAACAGAUUAUUGGUUUUGAGACUUUCAUACUGUUAUAUUUUUAAACUGUUGUCUACGCUUUAUUUUGUAAACAUUGAAAAAGUUUUGUUUUUAUGUAUAGUCAACAGUAUUUGCAUGUGUUGUAAGUGAGUUGUUCAGUCAUAUUUCUCUUAUGGAAAUUGGAAAGUUUUACUUCUGCUCGUGUUUAAUAGCUGUUACCAUAUACAGUGAUACUUAAUGCAAUUUAUAUUGAAAUAACAACAGUAAUCUGUGAGAUAGCAUCUUUAAGGUAGACCAUUUUAAGAGUAUUCAAAUGUAGGCUAGAAUCACUAGCCAAAAGAGGCAUUUUAUUUUCUUUUUAACAUUAUUUAUGUAUCUUACAAAUCCCUUAUGGAACAAAAAACAUGUUUGAUUUUAAUUACAUUAUUAUUGUAGGUAUUAUUUGCUAAAUAAUGUCAAAUUUAAUAGCAAAAUAUGAUACCAGAUAUUUUUGGUUUAAUAAAAUAAUAACUACACGGUAAAAUAAAAAACUACACGGUGAAAGUAUGUAAUAUUUUGCAAGAUCAACCAAUAAACUAUUAAGAAAAUUUAAGCCCCUUAUUUUGGUAAACUUUAGGGAUAUUUUAAAUAAGAGUUUUUAUAUAGGGAAAUGGUCAAAUAAGUGUUUAAAGUGGGUGGGGUAGGGUAACAGUCACAAACAUAUUAAAAACAUUUUGUCUCUAAACAACCAUUUUGCUUGUGUAAUUUGUUACCUGAAUGAACAAUGAACAGUAGGAAAACAAUUUUCAUAAUAAUGAUCUUAUAGAUUUUUUAGAGUUUCCUCAUUUCUAAAAAAAAAAACCUUCCAAUAGCAUAGUUUUAGUUCAGGAAAAUGUCCAAAACUCAAAAACCACACAGUAAAUUUUAUUUUAAUUUUGCAUACAGGUGACCUUUAAGGUAUAUAACUGUCCUAUGUUAUCAAUCUUUAUAGUGCCCAUUAGAAGUGGUCUACCUUAAACCAUUUUAUUUAUUUGCCUAUAGAAAAAGUAGAAAAGGUUGAGCAUUGCAGGCAUCGUGUGGUGGCUCUUGUUUAUGUUGAGAGAUAAAAUUAUUCGCUUUUACUCAGAAAAUACAAUUGAAAUUCUUUUAUGCAUUUUAGGCAUUUUUAUGAAAGUAGUUCAUAUAGAAUAUAAAUAUUUUUCAAUACUUAAACAGUGACAUUAAAACGUUAUUAUUAACUAGGUUUUCCUAUAAAAAAUGUGUAAACUGAACUGGUCACUUUAUCAAGUUUUGGUUGAUUGUGUCUGUGCUUUUUGAGGGGAUGGGGGGUUUGUAACAAUUUUCUAAAUAAAUGCAAUUUUUGUUGAUCUUCAUGUAUUUUUUAGUUUAUUAAUUGAUAGAGGAUAUUGAAUGAGUGUAAGUUAAAUACUGAAUUUAUUGAACUCAUUGAAUAAAAUUAUAUUAUGCGAGUCUCUGGCAAGCAUAUUCUGUUCAAUGAGCUCAAUAAAUUUAGUAAUGAACUUACUUGAAUUUAAUAUUGAUAAAGAAACAUUUUUCAUUAAUGCAUCUAUAGAAUGACGCUAACAUUAAGGGUGUCUUAUUGCUAUGUUUUAUGAAGCAAAUGAUGUGACAUCAAAAUAUAUGCACGGCUGUGCAAUACCAUUUUUACGAUGUAGCAAAAGUGGCAGGUAUGUGAUAAAUUAGUUUGUUAAAUUUUCAAACAAACUUGUUAUGAUGUCUUAAGAAUGAAGAAUUGUAUGAUUGGAAACUGUCAAUACUGUGGCGAUUUUAAGGGGUAUAUUUUGCCAGUUUUGCAACAAGGCUCUGGGUGGCAUUUGUGUUAUUAUGACGUCUCUAUUUUUAGGGGUGAACAGCCCCAAAAAUUGAUGUAAAUAAUGCCUUGGUAAAGCAUGUCAGAACAUUUCUAUCUCGACUUUUCACAAUCUUCCUCACCUGAUCAUUGUUGUCAUUUUUAGUAUCACUCUUAUAGGUCAUGAGGGGUAUUAUAAAGUUUGAUAACUUGUAAUGGAAUUUGAACAUAUGGCUGUUUUGGGUAAAGCUUUUUAUGCAAAGUACUAUGUAUGUAUAUUUCAUGCAGUCAUUGAUUAGAUAACUUCAAUAACGCCUACUUGGGACAUGUAAAAUCAAGUUGGGUAUGAGACAGAAUGUUUAUAGUUUUGCAUUCAAGUUACUGCAUUUAUCUUGUAUAUUACUGAUAUGAUUUAUUUCAAAAUAAUUAAAUAAAUAAAUAAUAAAUUAAAUAAACAUUUUUGUUGAGCUGAACAGCAAAAUAAAAAAAAAAUGGUUGCCUAAAUUUCAUCAAUUAACAUUUAGCUCUUUUUAUAGAAUUUUUAGUAUUUUGCAGUCAAAAGGUUUUACUAGUGGAGUAUAAUGUCUUUCAAAUUGCCAUGUUGUUUAAGGUUGAUUGCAGGUUAAUCUCUGUAACCACUGUACUGUAAUGUUGAAAUUCAUGUUUUUAGGUCAUUAUGUAAGGACAGUGAGGCAAAUAUAUAUUGCCCGCAUUUAGCUAAAUUGUUACAUGAUUGUUUCAAUUUAAAUUGUUUGACCCAGCUUGGGGCCACCUCUUAGGAGAGGCUUUGCAGAUAUAGAUAAGUAGUUUUAUUAAUUUUUGAUAUUUUAUUAUACUGAAGAUGUGAUUGGUGUCAAUGUUAAGUCUAGUCAUGAUGCAUAGUGAAAUUUGGAUAAAAUAAAUAUUGUUCAUAA